AUGUUUUGGUUGGGUACUAACGGAAGUCCGCACUGUUUUGCUUUUUCGACCUCAACAAAAUACAUAAACAUUGAGUUCAUUCCAUUUCUCAUCGCCUCAA